AUUGGUGGGCGGGCUGAGAGGGGCAUAUCAUGAAUAUUCAGAAGAAUUAAUGAAUAUUCAUCAUGUAGUGCCCGGGGCGGGGCAGGACGCUGGCGAGGUGACGGUCUCGCUCGGACUCUGGCCCGGGCGGCGCGGCCCGGCUCGGGUUGCCCCGGACUCAUGGCUGUCGGGAGCGUGGCGGUGCGGCGCGCUGGCGGCCGCAGUCCCCAGCCCCAGCUGGACCUACAGUUUCUGCGACGCUUCGGGAAGAUCCAGGCCAUCUUGUUUCCCAGAUGGUCCUCCCAGAAUGUGCUCAUGUUCCUGACCCUGCUGAGCAUUGCCCUGUUGGAGCAGUUGGUCAUUUACCAGGUGGGAUUGAUCCCCAGCCAGUACUACGGGGUCCUGGGGAGCAAGGACUUCUCUGGGUUCAAAACCCUGACUACGAUUGCUGUGAUACUCAUCAUACUCAAUUCCACGCUGAAAAGCUUGGACCAGUUUAUCUGUAACCUGAUGUAUGUAAGCUGGAGGAAGACUCUCACCGAAUACCUUCAUGGCUACUAUUUCCAGGGCCAGGUGUAUUACACCCUGAACGUGCUGCGCGAGGACAUCGAUAAUCCAGACCAGCGAAUCAGUCAGGAUGUGGAGAGGUUCUGCAGACAGCUAAGUUCCAUGGCCAGUAAACUCAUCAUCUCUCCUUUUACACUGGGCUACUACACCUAUCAGUGCUUUCAAAGCACCGGCUGGCUGGGCCCAGUAAGUAUCUUUGGGUAUUUUGUCAUUGGGACAGUUGUUAACAAGGUGCUGAUGAGUCCCAUUGUGUCGAAACUGGUGCAUCAGGAGAAGCUGGAGGGGGAUUUCAGGUUCAAGCACAUGCAGAUUCGUGUAAAUGCAGAGCCAGCUGCUUUCUACAGAGCUGGGCAGGUAGAGCACAUGAGAACUGACCGCCGGUUGCAGAGCCUCCUGCAGACACAGAGGGAGCUGAUGGGCAAAGAACUGUGGCUCUACAUUGGGAUCAACACCUUUGACUAUCUGGGCAGCAUUCUGAGUUACGUGGUGAUUGCCAUUCCCAUCUUUAGUGGUGUCUAUGGUGACCUGGAUCCAGCACAGCUGAGCGCUCUGGUCAGCAAGAAUGCCUUUGUCUCCAUUUACCUCAUCAGUUGCUUCAGCCAGCUCAUCGAUCUCUCCGCCACCUUGUCUGACGUGGCUGGCUACACACACAGAAUUGGGGAGCUGCAGGAGACACUGCUGUCUCUCUCCAGGAAACACCGUGAUUGUGAAUCAGAAGCCAAAACCAACUGGGACUUUGACAAUGGUCCUGGAGAGCAGACUGUGCUGGGGGAUACAGCCUUCCUCCUGGAGCGAGUCUCUCUCUCGGUUCCAUCCUCGGACAAGCUGCUCAUCAAGGACCUGGACCUACGGAUUUCCCAAGGGAACAAUCUGCUGAUCGUGGGGAACACUGGCACGGGGAAGACAUCACUCCUGAGGGUCCUUGGUGGCCUCUGGGAGAGCACACGGGGGAACAUCCACAUGCUGACCUGCUUUGGCCCCCAUGGGGUGGUGUUCCUGCCACAGAGACCUUUCUUCACAGAUGGAACCCUGCGAGAGCAGGUGAUUUAUCCUCUGAAGAAGAUUUAUCCAGUUUCAGGGUCUGCAGAUGAUGAGAGGAUCCUGCAAUUCCUGGAGCUAGCUGGGCUGUCUGAUUUGUUGGCGCGCACAGGGGGUCUGGACCAGCAGGUGGAUUGGAACUGGUAUGACAUCCUGUCCCCAGGGGAGAUGCAGAGACUCUCAUUUGCAAGGCUCUUCUACCUCCAACCCAGAUAUGCAGUGUUGGAUGAAGCCACCAGUGCUCUGACAGAGGAGGUGGAGAAUGAGCUAUACCGCACUUGCGCUCAGCUGGGGAUGACGCUAGUCAGUGUGGGACAUCGCACCAGCCUGGAAAAGUUUCACACUUGGAUUUUGAAACUCUCCGGAAGAGGAAGAUGGGAACUAACAAGAACCGAGAGAGCGAGGCGGCUCCCAGCCAGUGAGGGAUGCUGAAAAAAGUACCGAGGCUUGAGACUGGUUUAUUACCCAGGAGCUGCAGAAACACCUGAUUAGUAGAUGUGGAACUGCAGAGCCACCAGGAGCCAAUCAGUAUUCAGGGAGGAGUGUGAUGGUUUCUGGAUUUUACUGAAGGAACCAGGGCUCUUUCCUUUCUGCCUGUUGUCCAAACUGUUUGUUGUUGGGUGCUGCUGAGAGUGGAGGUUUCCAUCCCCCCAGAGGGGGCUUCUCCCCAAACCAUUCCCCUGGCAUCUGAUCCCCUCUUCCUGCCUAUCGUGAUGGGGGGAGCAGAAGGAGCCCCAUUUUCUUGCUUCUUUUGAGAGGGGGGGAUAACUUUGGAUGGAGGGGGGGAACUCCUGGGUGCCAGGAGAAGGCAUCAUCUGGUGCUGUGCAAAGGCAGGGCCAGUGGUGCCUGCACUUGACUGCAGUGUGAUGCUAGCUCAGAAAGGACCAUGGUCUCCACAGGGAUCACUAUCAUCUGAACGUGAGGCUGGGAUCUGCUGGGAUGGACAGGGCCCAUGUCUCUUCAUUCAGUUCAGGGCCUUGCUCAGCACAUGGUAGAUUAGUCCAUGGAGUUUGUCAUUUUACCCAGGCUGAACCUCACUAGAAGCAUUUUGCAUUAAAAUCCAGGGCCUGUUAGCAUGGGGUAUGUGUGGCAGCAUUCAUCAAGCAGCCUGAGCUGGUGCCAGACAGCAGCUGCCUCCUCCUGUCAUCCUGCACUAGGGCUGGCCUUACAGGUGGGCUAAGUGGGCAACUGCCUAGGGUAUUGGGGUAGGGGAGGCCGCGACGUCUGAGUGCCACAAGCUAGUGGGUCUGGGCUACCAGAGCACAGGUGAGUGGAAGCUGGGCUGGAGCCACUGGCCAGCCGGGCGGGUGUGGGCAGUGCUGCCCCGAGCUGACAGCCUUUCUGGGAGGUGCAGGCAGCAGGGCUCACCCCUGCAGAGCCAGUGGGCAGCCCCUGGGUCCCCACCUUCCUGUGGGCACAGGCAGUAGCUGUGCACCACUCUCCUCCUGCUAGGUGAUCGGGGUGUAUGGUGAAGGGAGACCCUGGGCUCAAACUUCUCCCUAUGCAGCCUGGCAGGCACCUGAUCCCUGCGCCCCAUGCUACUGUUCUCAAACUCAAAGGGUGCCAAAAUACAGAUUCAGCCAGGGUGCCAUUUUCCCUAAAGCUGACCCUGUCCUGCAUGGACACUGCUCCCCCACACAGACACAGUGCUGUGGCAGUGGGUUUGGAGCAGCUGCAGGAAAAAUGUGGGCGCCUAGUGUUCUACAUGGACAUGCUGGAGCUGGGAGCCAUCCUGAAGAGAGGCCUCCAAUUUGGGAUUAGCCAACCUCCACUCUCUGCCUCCUUCCUCAUUAUCCAGAUGUGAGGAGGGGGGUAUGGUGGCUUUUCACUAGGGCCUUUUACCUUCCGCUUCCUCACCCCCUCUGCCUGCUUCACCCUCACUCUUACUGCCCCCAGACACGGUCACUUCUCAGAGGAGCGGUCUGCUUUGGAGGUCCAAGGUCUUCAGUGCUGGUGUGAAAAAUAAAGGUCUGAUCUCAACUGAA